AAAAUACGUAUUGUUGUGGGUUUACUGCUUAACUGACAUUGACAUUUAGCGGCGUUUAACUAAAGUAACAAACGUUUCUAUUAGUGUGAUAUAUAUUGAAAAUUCUUGAAAGAAAGCAAUAAAAUGGUUGAAAAUAAUGAAGUCGAACUCUCAGAGGCAGAGGCUGAACAAUAUGAUAGACAAAUCCGUCUAUGGGGCUUGGAAUCCCAAAAGAGGUUACGCGCUUCUAAAGUUUUGAUCAUCGGCAUGUCUGGCCUAGGAGCCGAAAUAGCCAAAAAUAUUAUACUAUCAGGUGUGAAGAGUGUUUGUUUAUUGGACAGUGAGAAACUCAAAGAAACAGAUCUUUACUCACAGUUUUUGGCUCCUCCGGACAAAAUAGGUGAAAACAGAGCCGAGACAUCUUUACAGCGUGCAAGGGCUUUGAACCCAAUGGUUGACGUCACUGCAGAGACGAAGGCUGUGGAUGAUCUUCCGGACAGCUACUUUGCGACUUUCGAUAUAAUCUGCGCUACCGGUUUGAAGCAAGAGCAACUGGAACGAGUUAAUAACAUAUGUCGCGACAACAACAAGAAAUUUCUGUGUGGCGACGUCUGGGGCACGUUUGGAUACAUGUUUGCUGAUUUAAUUGACCAUGAAUAUUCCGAGGAAAUAGUUCAACACAAAGCUGUUAAACGUGGACCCGAUGAUAAUGAAGCGAAUGCUAGAGAAACUGUUAGUAUCACUGUAAAGAGAAGAGCUAUUUACGUUCCCUUACAAAACGCCUUAUCUGUUGACUGGACCAAACCUGAAUUGCGAUCUAGAUUACGUAGAGGGGACCCAUCAUACUUUGUCAUGAAGAUUCUUUCAAGAUUUAGAGAUGAAUACAACAGAAACCCUGAUCCAGCGCAACGAAAAACGGAGACUGAAAUAUUGCUGCGUAUGAGAGAUGAACUUGUCAAGGAGCUGUCUCUUCCUGCUGGAUUUAUAAAGGAUGCCUUACUGACAGAUGUGUUUGGAAUAGUAUCUGGUGCUGCAGCGGUUGUGGGCGGAGUUAUUGCCCAGGAAGUUGUGAAGGCUGUCAGUCAACGGGAACCACCUCAUAAUAAUAUGUUUUUCUUUAACCCCCUCAAAGGCGUUGGAUUCGCUGAACUCUAUGGUCAAUAAUAUGUGUAAUCAAAUAUUUUGUAACGAAUAAAUUACGUUAACAUUA